AUGCUUGACAUAGAUGGCCUCAUCACACGCAACAGAGAGUAUGCGGAAAGAUAUCACAAGCCUAUACCCGAAUUCGCGAAGUUCGAAGGUGUUCCACCUUCAAUUGUGAUAUUCACAUGUAUUGACUUCCGCAUAUCUGCUACCAAGUUUUUGCAAAUUAAACCGGAAGGUGAAUAUGUUUUUAUAAUCCGAAAUGCAGGUGGACGAGUAAGAUCAGGUUUCUCGGACCUAGUGUUUAUGGAAACUUUUACUCAAGGAAAAUUGUUGAAAGAGAUAAUGAUUAUUCACCAUACAGAUUGCGGUUGUGCACAUAUCACGGAUGAAAAGUUGAAGGAGAGUUUGCUGGAGAAGGCUCCUGGGAACCCAGAUAUGGUCAACGCCAUGUAUUUUGGAGCCUUUGGAUCAAAUAAAUCACUUGAAGAAAUUGUUCUUGAGGACAUUUCUUUCCUCAAGGAGUAUCCUCUAUUAAGGAAGGAGGUUAGGAAUGCCGUUCGAGGUUUUAUUUUCGAUAUUUAUUCAGGAUUAGUGACGGAGAAGGAAAAUGGUAUCAGUACAUAA